UUGCUUCUCUCUGAUAUGAUGAUCAUUAGUUUACAGGGUUUAUUGUAAUUUUGCUUCAUUUCACUCUAAAACUGUGAGACUAAACUGAGACUUGUUUGGGUUUCAACAAGUUCCUGUGUGUGAACAUGGUGACAGUCGGCAUGUUGCUGAUUGUCCUCUUUGUUCCAGCUGCUUUGGCUGAUUGUCCUGAUGAAGCAGGACUCUUCAUAAAUGCACCAAAGAAGCUGGAAGCACUGAGUGGAUCUUGUUUGCAAAUCCCAUGUAGCUUCAGACCCAAAGAAGAACAGAAAUUUAACAGAACAAGAAAAACCUUUGGAGUGUGGAUUAAAAAUGAUGAUAGAUUUGGCAAAAAUCCAAACAAUGUGAUCUUCAACAGUAAUGGAGCAGUUAGCAUCUAUCCAAUGAGUAUUACUGGGAACCUGAGUCAGAGAGACUGCACCACUCUGUUUUCUAAUUUAACCACCACAUACACAGACACAUACUUCUUCAGAGUAGAGAGAGAAACAUUCAAGGCAACAGCUCGUUGUGAUCCAUUUCAAAUAACAGUCAGAGAUUCUCCUUGGAGGCCCAAUAUUACAAUCCCAGGUGAUCUGAAGGAGAAGGAGUCUGUCACUAUAACCUGCUCAGCUCUCACUCCCUGUCCACACUCCCCUCCUCAACUCACCUGGAAUCUCCAACAAGACUCUCACAGCAAAAUAGAGGAAAACACAGAUGGAAACUUUACAACUAAAAUCCAGCAGACCAUCACUCUGUCAGACACACAUGAUGGAAAGAAGAUCAGCUGCUCUGCCAGAUAUCCUGUGAACCAAGGAAAAGACACCAAGACAGCAGAGACAGAAGAGACUCUCAGUGUUUCAUAUGCUCCUAAAGACACCUCAGCAUCCAUCAGUCCAUCAGGUUUGGUGUCAGCAGGCAGCUGGGUGAACCUGACCUGCUCCAGCAGAGCCAAACCUCCAGUCAGCAGCUUCACCUGGUUCAAGAAGAGCAGAGAUGGAGCUGUGAAAGUAUCUGAAGGAGAGAUUUACAGCUUCAAUGUAACAGAUGGAGGAGUUUAUUACUGUGUGGCCACAAAUGAUCUGGGUAAUCAGACAUCAAGAGGGAUUCGUGUGACUGAAGGUGGAAACCUGGUUGGUGUCUACACUAUAGUGAAGACUGUGGGAAUCAUAAUGCUCGUGAGCACACUGAUGGUUUUUGUGUGCUGGUUCAGAUCCAGACACUCCAACAGUCCAGAAACUGAAAUCUGUCAGAUGAGCAGAGUCACAUCACAACACAUCAACUAAAGUUUCUGCAGGAGGACAAACUCCACCUCAAACUAUCACUAAAUUCACUGCAGUGAUGUUCAACACUUUUGCUUUGAGAGUAGAGAUGAUGUUGCAGGAAUGGAGACAUUUCCUUUGUGGACAAGUUCAUGCCGCUCUUCAACUGGACUGAACUUUUUAAAUAGGACCUGCUUCACUCUAAAGUCAAGCAUCCAUGAACACUGAUCUAACCCUACACUUAUGUAAGACUGCUGCAGCAUGAUGCUUGGAAAAUCCUGGCAGUUUCCAUUCUGUUACAGUUUCAGCUGUUUUCCUAACAUUAGUAUUAAAUUCAGAAUCAGACUCAUCUUUAUUUGGCCAAGUUUGUGCACACAAACAAGGCAGAAGUUACACAAAGUCUUAAGAAACUAUACAAAGUAGUGGUGCAAAACUGAGUGGUGUAAUAUGCAUAUGUGUUAUGACCUGAAUGAUGUAAGAGUGGGUCAUUUCACAGUGUUCAUCAGAGUGACAGCCUGGGGGAGGAAACUGUCUCUGUGGUUUUUGUAAACAGUGGUCUGUAGCACCUGCCUGAAGGUUGCAGUUUGAACAGUUAUUUCUGGGAUGUGAGGCGUCUGCAGUGAUGUUUCCACCUGUUUCUUUAUCCUGGUCUUGUACAGGUCCUGGAUGGAGGGAAGAUCCUCUCUGCAGACCUGACUGUCCGUUGAAGUCUGGCCCCUAAACAGCUUUUCCACUGAUAACUACUGCCCCCUUGUGGAACUUUGCCAAAACAAUUACAAAUAUUUGAAGCCCCCGAGGUGCUCAGGCUGUGGUGGGGGAAUAUCAGUGAUUUACAAGUGCAACUUAAGUUGUCAUCCAUUUACUCUGAGCUCAUAUCAUCCCUUCAAAGUUAAGUAUGAAAAUCCAUUUUGGUGUAUUAUUAUCCACCGACCUCCUAAAUCCUGUGAUGUCUUCCUGAAUUAAUUCUGUCAUCUGUUUUCAUAUUUGACCAAUUCCCUUUGGUCUGUAAUUUUGAUUUAAACAUUGAUGAUAGUGCAGCAUGUUAAUGGUCCCACACAUAACAGUGAGAACCUCAUGAUCGUGUUUUUACUCCCAUCUUAUCCAUAACCUCCCUGCAUAUGUCUGAUCUACUGACUGGCCACACAUUUGUAUUAUUUACACAGUUUUUCAGUUAGUGUUUUCUUCCCAGAAACAAACUGUUCAGUCUUGUAUCUUUAAUGAGAAUUCAGGAGCUGUAUCAACACAUCAUUUUUCAGAUGUCAGUGAUUCACUUCAUGGGUCUAAUAGUCUAUGUUAAUCAUAGUUUUAAUGGAAAUUUUUAAGAUUCUUCUUCUUCUCUGUGUCAAGCUGACUUUACUGAAUGAAAGUCUCUAAAUUAUGUAAUUGUGUCUUGAUGUAAUCUUUAAGCAAAUGUUGUUGAGUUUUCUGUUUUAUACAAUGUUCUAAAUGUACUCUGUGAUCAUGGCAGGUAAGCAGGUUCUCUGGGCUUUCAAUCCCUCUGUGUGUCAGAGGGCAUGCAGACUGUGGUCAUGCUGUGUGUACUGUUGUUUUGUAUUACUUGGAAACCAAAGGUAAACCUGCAGAUGUGAACUUCCUUCAGAUUGUAUCAUAAGAUCCUCAAAUUAUACAAAUUAUACAAAAAUAUGAAAUAGAGCAGCGGCUCUACUCUGUGCCGCUCCUGCAUCGCCGAACUCCCAAACCGAUCUCUAAGGGAGAGGCCAACCAUGGUUCGGAGAAAGCUCAUUUCCACUGCUCGUAUUCACGAUCACAUUCAGGAAUAUUAUUAUUAUUAUUUCUGACAAUGAAUACAGCAU